GGUUUUGCACAUCCAAAGAAUUUCUGCACAAACUGUCAGAAUCCGUCGCAGGGAAGCUUAUCUGCGUGCUCGUCGUCCUCGCCAGGGUUUUGACCAUUCCAUUUACUCAAUUCCAGACAUUAUUAUGAGUCAUCCUCCCCUCAGCAGCCUCCACUGGUGUAUAUGCAGAAAUAAACAGAAUUCCUUGAAAACACACAAAUUUGUGACGACAGGUUGAAUUUCCACUGGUUCAAUAAACAUUUUUUUUUUUAAAUGAACCUAUUGGUUAUCGAGAUCUCAGUUCGGCCUCUGAUUGGUUAGGGCAGUACAGUAAUAUCUCACAGGUUGGUUUCUAUUGGCUAAGCAGGUAUUAGAGCUCUGCAUUGAUUGGCUAGACUAGAAUUUUAGAGUCCGGCAAAAGUAGCAGUAGAACUGAACUGCAACUAAAGGAAGUAGCCUAGUUUGAAUAUUGUAAUGAUAUACCUGUACUUCAUAGUAUUGGAGUAUAGAAGAUACAAACCGUAAAAGUGAUGCCGGCCCAGCCCUCCCUCAGAGAACCACAGGAGGAGAUGGAGGUGGAGGGAGAGAGUGAACUACCAGAGGCCAAUGGAGAGAUGGAGGAAGAGAGGGAGACAGAGAGAAGAGAGGGGGAGGAGGAAACCAUGGAGGAGAGUACGGAGGAGAGGGAGAGUGACUCGGACGAUAGCGAGGAGGAGGAAGAGGAGGAAGAGGAGAGUUCAGAGAUGGAUGAUGAGGACUGUGAGAGGAGGAGAGGAGAGUGCCUAGAUGAGAUGUCAGACCUAGAGAAACAGUUCCUGGAACUGAAAGACAAGUUGUUUCGUGAGCGGUUGAACCAGGUUAAGGUGAAGCUAGAUGAGGUGUUGACUGGUAAAGCAGGAGAAUACAGAGAACCACUGGCAACACUACAACACAAUAUGACGCUACGUACCCAGGUGGCAGGUGUGUACAGAGAACUAUGUCUGCAGGUGAUCCAACACAGGUACGAGUGUGAGCUGCAGGGAGCUCGGCAACACCUGGAGAGCGAGAGGACAUUGUUGUUUGAUGCUAUGAAGACAGAACUGCUGGACAAGAUCAGACGGCUGGAGGAGGACAGUCAGAGUGUAGACCUCACAUCAGAGUGGUGGAGUGAUGAGGUGAAAGGGAAGAAGUGUAAAAGGAGGAGUCUGUCCCGGCCAGAGAGGAAGAAGAAGGCUGCCUUAGUAUCUGGCCCGUUCAUCGUCUACAUGUUGAGAGACAUUGAUAUCCUGGAAGACUGGGCAGCUAUACAGAAGGCUAAAGCAGCACUGACACCACUAAAGAAGAAAUCAGACAAGCGGUGAUAACAGAGGAGUGUCUCAGAUGUCUAGAUGAACCAAAGUCUCUGAGUUGCAGAAGAGAACUCACAACAACAGAACAGUCCUGACCACUAUUUAAAACAAAGCACUUCAGUAGGGUCUUGUUCAGUAGGGCAUACUGGAACAAAACAUUUUUUUCAACAGAAAAUGUAAAUCUGUCUUCUUAUUGGACAAGUUCAGGACAGUACCUCCCUGUUUCAAACAGUUUUGUCCCUACUGAACACAGCCCAGACUAUGAAGACGAAGCAACAGAUUGAUCACUUUUAGGUUCUGAUUCAUC